CGACCAGAGCUGACCACCAAAGAUGACCACCUCCGCCGACAGUGUCUUCGUUGCCCGAUCCGAUGGCAUCUCCGCCGAAGGAGUCCGGGACCAGUAUGCCGACGGCAAGGCCGCCAAGGUGUGGGAGAUCUUCAUCGGGGACAAGAACUCGCGCACGGACAACUACAAGAACUUCCUGAUCGACAUGCUGCGCAACAAGGGUUGUAAGCGUGUCCUGGACGUUGCCUGUGGAACGGGUGUCGACUCCCUGAUGCUUGUGGAGGAGGGCUUCGAGGUUGUGUCCGUGGAUGCCUCUGAUAAGAUGUUGAAGUACGCCCUCAAGGAACGCUGGGCUCGCCGCAAGGAAGCCGCCUUUGAUAAUUGGGUGAUUGAGGAGGCCAACUGGUUGACUCUGUACGACGACAUCCAGGACCACAUUCAGGAUGGUUUCGAUGCUGUGAUCUGCCUGGGCAACUCCUUUGCCCAUUUGAUGGACGGUUUCGGGGAUCAGCGGGAACACAAGCAGGCUAUCGGUAAUUUCGAAAAGUGUCUCAAGCCUGGAGGAGUUCUGCUGAUCGAUCAUCGCAACUACGACAAUAUCCUGGAAACGGGAGCCACGCCUGCCAAGAGCAUUUACUACAAUACGAGUCACACGGCGGACAUCAAGACGUCGGUGCUCUUCUACUGCGGCAAGCCAUCCCUGGUGUCCAUGGACUACCUGAUCGCUGGCAACAAGCUGACCAGCGAGUUCCGCCUGUCCUACUACCCCCACGAGCUGAAGCGCUUCCGGGAGAUCCUCGGCGAGAUCUUCUCUCAGAAGGCCCAGCACCAGUUGUAUGGCGACUUCAAGGAGAUGAGCCAGGUGAAGAAUCCCGCCUUCUACAUCCACCUGAUAGAGAAGCCGCAGGUUUAGGUCUAAGCCAUUAGUUUGUAUUCACAUAAAGCCACAAGACACAUCCAUAUAUACAUAAAUAAAAAGUUCCUCCGA